AUGUGUCGAGGUAUUAUGGAACUAUCAAAUGCCUUGAUAUAUGGAGACAGAUUGUACUGUGGUUCCGCUGAAGUAGCUAAUGCCACACUUGUUCUUUCUACUUCCACUUCUAAAUCGCCAUGGCUUAGAAAGGUUCUGGAGCCAACCAAAACAGUUGUAUUUAUUAAUACAGAUAUGCUGCGUGCUUUCGAAGCCAGGGAUCAAAAUGCGAUCAACAAUCCAGUUGAAGCUUCCAUAAUAGCUGAGAUUGUGGAGGAGCUAGUUAACAAUGGAGUAGAUAGUAAAGAUAUUGGAAUCAUUACUCCUUAUAACUCACAAGCGAGCCUCAUUCAACACGCAAUGCCAACGGCGUCUGUGGAGAUACAUACUAUUGACAAGUAUCAGGGAAGAGAUAAAGACUGCAUAAUAGUAUCCUUUGUGAGAUCACGGGAGAAACCAAGGAGCUCUGGUUCUUCACUGCUGGGGGAUUGGCAUAGGAUCAACGUUGCUUUGACACGAGCAAAGAAAAAGUUGAUAAUGGUGGGAUCACAAAGAACAUUAUCAAAAGUUCCACUUCUGAUGCUUCUGCUGAAGAAG